GUGUUUGUCACUUGUCAUCUGUCACUAGAAUCAUAUGUGUUUAAUAAUGAGUAUCAUUUUAAAAAAUAUUUUUCGCUUUGUUAAAUUGCUUAAACAAUAAAUCACCAUGCCGAAAAUAAAAGCUGAAAAGAAAUCAAGAGUUCACAAUGAAAUUGCAAAACAAGGAAUACAAUUUAAUAAGGAUUUUGGACAGCACAUUUUGAAGAAUCCACUUAUCAUCACAUCUAUGCUGGACAAGGCAGGCUUACGGCCAACAGAUGUAGCCCUUGAAAUUGGGCCUGGUACCGGUAACAUGACAAUAAAAAUGCUUGACAGAGUAAAGAAAGUUGUAGCCUGUGAAAUUGAUACCAGAUUGGUUGCUGAAUUGCAGAAGAGAGUUCAAGGAACUCCAUAUCAAGCCAAACUACAAAUCCUAGUAGGGGAUGUUUUAAAAACAGAGUUGCCAUUCUUUGAUAUAUGUGUUGCUAAUAUACCAUAUCAGAUUAGUUCACCGCUAGUAUUCAAGCUCCUACUACACAGACCAUUCUUCAGAUGUGCAGUAUUAAUGUUUCAAAAAGAAUUUGCACAGAGGCUUGUAGCAAAACCUGGUGACAAAUUAUACUGUAGGUUGUCUAUAAACACACAACUUUUGGCAAGAGUGGAUAUGUUAAUGAAGGUUGGUAAAAAUAACUUCAGACCCCCACCAAAAGUGGAGUCAAGUGUGGUUAGAAUAGAACCAAGAAAUCCACCACCACCCAUUAACUUUGUAGAAUGGGAUGGUCUUACAAGGAUAGCCUUUGUAAGAAAGAACAAAACACUAUCUGCUGCCUUUAAACACAGCACCACUAUGGCUGUUUUGGAAAAGAAUUAUAGAGUUCACUGUUCUUUACACAAUAAGGAGAUACCAGAGGACUUUGAUAUUAAGCAAAAGGUGCAAGAUGUACUGACCACUGCUGGAGCUGAUCAAAUGAGAGCCAGGACAAUGGAUUGUGAUGAUUUCAUGAAAUUAUUACAUGCAUUUAAUACAGAAGGAAUACACUUUGCUUAAUAAA